GUAAAAAGAAAAGAAAGAAAAACCAAAAAAGAAAAAAAGAAUAAUUUUUUGCACAAUAUCCCUUCUUUGGGGCGUAAAAAAUAUAAAAAAUUGUUUUUAAAAUAUAAUUUCCAUUUAUUUGGAGAGUUAUAAUUUCAUAACAUACGAAAAGCUAAAAGCAAUUAAUCAAAAAAAAAAAAGAUAAUAUUAGAAAUAAUGGCUGCAGAAAUAAAACCUGCAUUGCGAACAACAAGCGAUCGCUUUAGCACCGCAAAGAAACCCGAUUUGCUUAGCAAAUUAGAAGGCAGUAACGAUGACGUUAAUGCGGCUAUAUUAAUUCCUGGAGAAAAUGGAGUUAUAAGUGUAUCAGAUGAUAAAACAAUCAGGGUGUGGCUGAAACAAGAUUCGGGACAAUAUUGGCCAUCGAUUUGCCAAUACAUGCCCUCUGGAUGUACAUCGCUUUUCUACUACGACGACACACGACAAUUGUAUGUCGGCCAAGAGAAUGGAACUGUCUCGCAAUACAAAUUGUCCGAAGAUUGCAAUAGUUUGUCGCUGAUGCGUGAUUACUUGGCACAUCAGGCACGCGUUGUGGCCGUUUUGUUUGCCAAAAUUCAAUCAUGGGUUCUUUCGUGUGCUAAAGAUAAGUUCUUUGCUUAUCAUUGCACUGAAACUGGCCGCCGUUUGGGCGGUUAUACAUUCGAAACUCCAUGCACUGCUUUACAAUUUGAUGCAAUGGCUAGAUAUGCAUUUAUUGGUGACUAUGCCGGGCAGAUAACAAUGUUGCGAUUAGAUAUACAAGGGGCAGCAUUAAUCACCACAUUCAAAGGUCAUACAGGUGGUAUCCGUUGCUUAAAAUGGGUCGAGGGUCCACAAUUGCUCUUUAGCGGCGCAUCUGAUCAAUCCGUUAUUGUUUGGGAUGUAGGUGGUAAACGUGGUACUGUUUACGAAUUGCAGGGACAUAACAACAAAGUUGCUGCACUAUCCUAUGCAAAUCACACCCAACAACUCAUUACAUGUGGUGAAGAUUCAGUAAUGGUAUUUUGGGAAAUGAAUGCAAGUCGUAAAGAAGUUCCCGAAUGGGUCGAAUCAAAUAAUUGCCAAUUAUGUUCGAGGCCGUUCUUUUGGAAUUUCCGUUCCAUGAUGGAUCAAAAACAAAUUGGUAUUAGACAACAUCAUUGUCGUCAUUGUGGCAAAGCUGUUUGCGAUAAUUGUUCAUCGAAUCGCAUUAACAUUCCCAUUAUGGGCUUUGAAUUUGAUGUUCGUACUUGUGAUCCUUGCUUUAAAAAUUUGCAAACUGUUGAGCGCCCAUCACUUGCAACGUUCCACGAUGCUAAACAUUCAAUUGUUUCAAUUGAUCUCGAUGAAGAUCGCAAGCGUUUACUUACCGUCGGACAGGACAGGAUCAUCAAAAUAUGGGAUCUAUCUCCAAUCUGGGCAUAAUAUUCACCAAAUUGUGAGAGUUCAUCAUCACAAGUACCAACUCCAUCGACAGCAUCGUCACCAUCAUCACCGAUCAUUAUUAAAAAACAACAACACCAACAACAGCAAAAAGAAGAAACAGAUACAUUAUUAAAUCGCCCAACGAAUAGCCUCGAUGGAAGUUUCAAAAAUCACAACAAGGAUGAGAUAUCAACAACACCAUCAAAGGCAUCCCACACAACAAAUGAGUUUCCUUCGGUUUAUUAUCUUCAAAAAAGAAAUAAAUAAGAAUUAAAUAGGUGAAUCCCCAAUACAUAAGAUUCUUCUUUUUGUUUUUAAUUUGCAUUUUCUUUAACUAAAAUGUUUAAAAAUUAAAUUUCUACUCAAAAUUUCAGUUAAAUGUAUAAUUUAACAAAAAAUAUAUAUAUAUAUAUGUAUUGAACAUAAUAUCAAACAAGAAUUGACUGAUUCAGAACUGUAAUUGCCUAGAAAGCUUUAUUAAUAUUUCUUCCUAAACUCCCACAUUCAACAUAAAUGUAUGUUAGUGUAUGAAAAAGGAUAUUCUGUGAAUAUUUCAACUGGUGAUAACUUCUUAAAUUUGAUUAGUUAAACAAUAAAGACUGAAUCCACUUGAGUUAUUAUUGGUUGAAUUUGCUUACGAAUAUCAUACAACAUACACUUUAUUAUUUUUUUAUAUUUUAAGUUUUAUAUUAAAAAUUUAAGAUAAUUGUUAAAGCAUUUCUUGGGAGAAGAUGUGACAAAAAAAAAACUCAUAUAUAUGAUAUAUUUUUGUUUUCCUAUUAUAUCUUUACCCUCUCAUAAUCCCAUUCAAGUUUAUCUUAUUUUUUUUUUUUGAAAUUGAUCAUUUGUAUGCAAAACUUUUGUGUAUGAUUUGGUUCUAAAAUAAUGUACUAUUAUGUUAUUGAGAGAAAAAAAAAAUAAAUAUACAUAUUACUACUAA